CACGCCGACGACAUCGCAACAUCUUGAGAAAGCCGAUCAAUACCUGAGGGCCUUCUCAUAUAUCAUCCGGCAACCUCUAUAUCUGCAAUGGCUGAUCUACAAGAUGCAGCCAUCCAGGCUGCCGAGACCAUCCAAACAGCACACAUCAAAAGCAAUCCCGACCAACGCGAUCUGGCACCCAGCACAGCAGCAGAUGGGAAAGAGCAUGUGAUAUUCGAUAACUCCUUGGAUGUGACAUCAGAGAUCGACGACGUCAACGAAGAUGAAAUCCCUCUAUCCGUGUUGAGGCCUCUCCCACGCGAUCAGCCUUGGUCUAAGCCGUCACCGCAGACGAUGCCACUCCCAGAUCUUCGAUUCGAACAGAGCUAUUUGAAGAGCAUUGAGAGCGCGAAGACAUGGCAGAUGGUGGCGCUCAUAACGAUCAAAGAUCAGGUCUUGAUGCCACUGGUGCAGGGAUUGGGUUGGACACUAUGUGUCGCGGCGUGGCGGCAUGUCAACGUUAAUCCUCAGUUCGCUGGUCAAUCGGCAGGUGCGAGGCUACGGCGAUGGUGGUGGGGCGUCAACAACUGGAAGAUCCCGGGCAGAUUCGAGACGCCGACUGCACAUCGGAGAUGA